AUGUCUAUCAACAAAGUGAAAGCCGUAGGUUAUCCGUUGGCUGCAGUGUUUGAUGCAAAUGAUCAAAAAAGUUUUCGGAUGUUGAUUUUGUGGCUCGAGGAAAACAUAUUACAUACUUAUGUACCAGAGAAACGAACAGAGUUACAGAAUGUUGAUUCUCCUUCUUGGGACGCAGCAUUCAAAAACUAUUGUGUGUCAUGUUCUAGUCCAAUUAAAUCUACCGAAGCUAUGGAUCAGUUGGAAUGGUUAUUAGGCUUGGCGAUUCGACUAACAUACAAUAAACAAAAAAAGAAAUUUGAUUCUGAAACAAAAAAAACACUUGAAGUAUCUACUGAUGUUCCAAUGAUUAUACCAUCUGAUAACCCAAUUGAUAAUCUUGAUGUAAACAGUAGUGAUUUCAAGGAAGGUAUUGAGAAACUUGCGGACUUACUAAAUAUUUCCAAGCAUCCAGAUCACAAAAUUACAUUGGAAGCUAUUCAUAAAUUUAUCAUUAAAAGGCUCAAUGAAGAAGCCAUUAAUAAUCCAUCAUCGAUAUUACCUAAGGGGGAAGCUUUUCCUUUAGAAAAAGUAAAAGGUCAUAAAAUUGAAUCCAAAGAUUCAGCUGUUCUACACGCAAUGAAGGUCUUGAGGUUGGCACAGUUGCAUAGGUUACGCGAUCUUCAGACAUGUAUUAACGAAUGUAUAGUAGCUAUGCAAGAAGUUACUUCUGAUCCAAAAACAGAUACAAAAUUAGGGAAAGUGGGAUAUUGA